AUGCCUGCUGCCUCAUCGUCCACCACUCUUCUCCCGGCCGCCGGCUCGGCCUCGCCUACCAUCAGCCGCAAGUCGUCAGCCUCAGCACCCGAAAAGAAAUACAAGUGCCAGUUCUGCAAUCGCGCCUUCAGCAGAAGUGAGCACCGCAGCAGACACGAAAGAUCGCAUACCAAGGAACGCCCUUUCAAAUGCCUCAAGUGCCGUAGCACAUUUGUGCGUCGCGACCUGCUUUUACGCCACGACCGUACUGUACACGCAAAGGAUGGAGGUGUGCCGCUGCAGAGCGACACUAAGCGCAGAAGCAACGCGUCGAAGCAGUCGCCAGAAGUCGUGUCACCCAAGCUUCCCAUGGGCAUGGAGCAAGCAACCAUCGAGCAAAUGAGUGCUGACGACGGUCUUUUUGGAGUCGAAGAGGCCGCUAUGCUGAUGACCAACUUUCAACAGAAGGCUGCGAUGUCCACCCAGGGAUCCAUGCCCGAGCCUAUCCUGGCCGAGCCCUCGUACUCGCAGGCCAGUUCCAUGACGCUUCCUCAGAUGCACUCACAAACCCACUGGGACACGAUGGAAACCAUGAUGCCUCAUCCCAUGGCCAAGUCGCAUUCAAUGUCGUCUCAAAGCACCGCAACUGGUCACGACCAUCGCGCGCCUCAAUCCUCUACUGGUGCUAUGGGUAUUCACAACCAGUUGCCUCCGCUCAUGGAGCAGCAAUUCGGCAAUCCAUCGCUCUCAGCACUCGGAACACCUGGUGCCCUGUCUCCGUUCACUUCGAUGAUGGGACCCGUAUCUCCAGUCGACUACCGUCGCUCGCCCGGCCCUCCCCAGGUCUGCACGAUGCCCAAGCCGCCUCAGGUCGAAUCCGAGGAUCAGAUUGCCAGCAUCCUCAACAACAUCAAGCACUGUGAUAGCGAGGGUGCUCUGCUCGACACAUUCCGUCUGCCUCUCGGCGACGACUUGAACCGUUACCUGUCGACAUACUUCAACUUGUUCCAUCAUCACCUGCCAUUCUUGCAUCCGUCGUCGUUCAACCCAGCGCACGUCUCGGCACCUCUGCUCUUGUCGGUCCUCUCAGUCGGCGCCCUCUACGCCUUCGAGCAAGAUUCUGCGUACAUGCUUCACAUUGGCUCCAAGCUCCUGAUCAACCAGUUCCUUGUCAACAAAGAGAACUUCAGCUCUCGCAAGUGUCCCAUCUGGGCUAUGCAAGCCACUCUGCUCAACAUGAUAUUCGCCAGCUGGAGUGGUGAUCCGAAGGGCCUUGAAUGGGCCUGCUCGGUCAAGAGUCUUGUCGCCAACAUGGUCGCCGGUAACAGAUACGAGCUCAAGCUGCGCACCGAGGCUCGUCAGGGCGCGCAGCCCAGCCAUCAAGAGUGGAUCGAAGAUGAGAGCUGUCGCCGCACCUACUACGCUGUCUAUAUCUUCUUUGGCCUGCUAACCAUGACCUACAACCACACGCCUGCCAUCAGUUUCAACGAGUUCGACACUUUGGAGCUGCCUUCGUCGGAAACUCUGUGGGCCCUCGACGUGAAUCAGAGUGCUAUCUGGCACGAAAGCAUGAAGACUACGAAUAUCAUCACAUUCCAGGAAUCUCAUUGCAACCUCUUCCAGGGCGAGCCUGCUCGUUACAGUGCUUUUGCGACUCGCGUCAUGAUCAACGCUCUCUUCCUCGAAGUUUGGUAUCAUAAGAGAUGCCCCGAGGCUCUGCAGGACGUCGUGACCGAAUACAAGCUUCGCCUGGCCUUGGAGUCGUGGGAGAAGUCUCUCGAGAUCUGUGAGCCCGAGACUGUUGUGGUUCAGCUCAGUGCACCUCACCGUGGACAUCCUCUCAUCUUCAAUGCCAUGGCUGUUUAUCGCAACACGACUGCUAGACUCAUGGUGGAUCUCAAGUCGGUCCAAGAGGCUCUUCGCUAUCACGAUCCUUACGAAGUUGCUGCUGCCAUGACCAACGCAAGAGACAAGGUCAAGCGCUCGCCUGAGAUGCUCAAGGUUAUCCAAGCCUGUUUCGAUUGUGUCGAAGUCGCUGCUAUACAUGGCAUUCGGUGGGUUGCUCGCACCUCGGCCACCAACUGGAGCAUCGAACACCCGCUGUGUGGACUCGACCUCAUGGUCAUCUUGACUCUCUGGCUCUGGCGCGUUGAGCACGACGACGAGGCCCCCAACGCCGAUGAGAUAGCCAUGUACGAGAAGCUUCGCAACCUCUUCGACGAUGACUCGGUCGAGAUGUACGGCAAGCUCAGCUCGAUGGUUGCCCGCAUCUGGGGCAGCAUGAUUGACGAAGUAGUCGUCUGGGGCAUCACUAAACUCAUGGGCGAAUCAUUCAAGCUCCACGCUCAGGCACUUUCUGGUUAUGAGGAAGCUAUGCUCGCUCAAGAACAGGCGCAUUCUGCUCCCACCAUGACCUCUCACAAUCUUGCAGUAGCGGCCUACUGA